CAAGAUGCAACCAAUCGGCUACGAGCGAGGCGGAGCGCUCGUGCGGUCUGAAUGGAACUUUUGCCUCUCUCCUCACUUCGCCGCUAUGAAGAGGACCAGUUGAGUGACAAAGAGCGGUCUGACUCCCCUGGACUAUCGCAGAAACUUAUGCAAAACAAGUGCAGGCGUAUUUGGCGUGUAUUUUCUCUUUUCAGAUCCUUACACAUUGAAAGCGAGAUUUUGAUCAACUGAGGAUUGUUCAUUUUUCUGUUAGCGCACCACCGGAGUCUAUUCGCUUUCUAUGGAGCGCUGAGAAGCGGGAUUUUGCUGAAAGAAGCCCUUCGCGCAAUAGAAGCAGACACACAUUGCGGGAUCCGAGACCUUUUGGGAUCAGAGUAUCAAAAUAAUUCACUAACAUUACGUCGCCGCCAACAAACUGAUUUUUGGUACGUGAAUACAUUUACUGACUGGACACAUUUCCCUGUUUCUGUUGUUCUAAAAUCUGAAAGGAUCCUGUUUGAAGUCGGGGACUUGAAGAGGGUUUUUGGAGCGGAUUUCGCUCACUGGCCGCUGCGUUAUGCUAGGUCAUGCCUUCUAGUUAACAUGCAAGGUGGCUAGCUAGAUAUCGAUACAUUUGAUUAUCCGAUUUGUUCUGUCUGAAACCAGAGACUUAUUUUCCUACACAUUCUGUAACGUUAUUUUCAGGCAAAUUUCAAGUGUAUUUAAGUUACAAGUGGACUUUACCCGUGGGUUCAUUCGAACAGUUGUUGAAGUCUUCUGCCUCGAUUUAACCUGUUGUUGGUAAACAGGCGGUUUGAUAGUCGUUUGUGUGUCCCUAAGUUAAAAUGUAAUCAUUUUUUAGACAGCAAAUUAUCUAACGUUACCGGAUGAUAUCGUCAUUUUCUGUCACUAAGCACAAUACAUUUUACCCUAACUAACGCUGUGUAAGUUAGUUUAACGUUGGAUGUGACACUUUUGUAAGUGACUUUUGAGUAGAAAUCAUACAGAUCCCAUACAUAAUUUGAAAUUAUAAUUUGUAACGUUAAAUAACUCCAAAUCAGAGAGAACUCAGCGCGUUUGUGCCUUUGAAUUUCCUUGGCACCCGUGCAACGGAUCCACACGAAACUGAACCCCAGGAAAACAUAGGAUGCGUAGGCUAAACGGACACCAUGCAUGGAUGAUCUAUGUUCUGUUUUGAGCAAUUAAUUCGACCGGGGAUGACCGGGUAGAUAAACCCCACGUUGAAGACAUCAAAACAAGCCGGGGUUUAACGUUACUACACACCAGAGCUACAGCCUUAAGCGGAUAAGUUCAAAUCCCACUUUCAAAUGUAUUAGUACCUUCCCCAGAUCAAUUUCUGAUGGAUAAAAUGAGUGGUUAUCGCAUAACGCUGAGACCCGACGUGUCUAAUGUGACAGUGGAUGACGAGGUAGGGGCGAGGUGCGCGGGCGAUACAGAACCGUGUGUCGGUCAGCGAGCUGGCACCGGGACCACAUCCAUGCUCGUCAAACCAGGGCGCAUACCUACUGCCAGUCGUAGUCUGCGAGUCACUGCGGGGCAAGCAGUGUCGUCGCGUGGUAAUGAGGAGCGCGUGGAUCCUGGACCCGGCUUCAAAGAAAGGGCGCGGGAGGUCGGUGAGUUGGUCUGCGGCGCAGCAGGUGUGUUAAAAGCCUUGGAACAGCCCAACCGAUUUCACGGGGAGCCGAGCGGGACUAGCAGUAUGCCUGGGAGCUUCUGUGGCGUACUUGAGGGGGGCAGCUCGCUCAAGGGUUGCCCUCGCCAGCGCUGCUGGAGCCCCACCAGCACUAGGAACGAUACACCAGACGUGACAAAAGGUUCCAACGGUUUCUCACAAAACCAGAUACUGAGGAAAGACAGCUCGCUGUUCGACAUGCGAGACCACAACGUUCACGGAUAUACUUAUCGCCAAGAAGGCCAGGAAAAAAUUCCGCAGGAGUUUUUAAAUGACAGAGAAGCAGUCCUUUACCGGGGGAGAUCCAACUUGGUGUCCAGGAUACAGUAUUGGAUAUGGACAUUCUUCAUUUUGUGGAACGUCCACGUGUUGCAUGCACAAGGUGAGGUGGCGCCCUCCUUCCAGACGGAGCCGGGCGGCCAACAGGUGGCGCUGGAGAGGAACCGACUGGUUCUGACCUGCCUGGCCGUGGGUAGCUGGCCACUGGAGUUCAAAUGGAUCCGCAAUGGAACCGACAUCACGCCCUUCACACCAGAAUACAGGUUCUCUGUUCUCUCUCUGGAGCGUGCGGAUGCGGGGGUGUACCAGUGUGUGGUCAGGAACAGGAUGGGUGCUCUCAUCCAGCGCAGGGCUGAUGUGCAAGUAGCCUUCAUGGGGAAUUUCGUUGAUCUGGAGCAGAGGAAGACGGUGGCCCAGGGUCGAGCGGCCAUCUUGAACCCUCCGGCCGUGCCCAGCUACCCCCGCCCGCAGGUCACCUGGUUCAGAGAUGGAGUCAAGAUCAUCCCCAGCAGCAGAGUAGCGAUCACACUCGAAAACCAGCUGAUUGUCCUGGCAACUACGGUGGCGGACGCAGGACGGUACUACGUGCAGGCAGUGAACGAGCGUAACGGAGAGAACAAGACCAGCCCCGCCCUCUUCCUGAGCAUCUCCAAACCCAAUGCCCCCACUGAUCCGGUUGCCCCGGCGAUAGUGAUCAACCCCAAGAACACGUCCGUGGUUGCUGGCACGAGCGAAGCGACAUUGGAGUGUGUUGCUAACGCAAGGCCGGUGGAGCGUCUGCAGCUGGUGUGGAAGCGUGCCGGUGUGCGGCUGACUCAGGGUGUGGGGGCCUUCGGCCGGCGCCUCACCAUCCAGAGCCCCGGCCCAGCCGACGCCGGGCCCUACGUGUGCGAGGCCCUGCUCCGCAACAGCACCUUCAAGAUCGCAGAGGCCCGCGCCUACCUCACUGUACUAGAGCCACCCUACUUUACCUCUGAGCCCAAACAGAGGCUGAUGGUGGAAGUGGACAAGAGUGUGGAGAUCCGCUGCCAGACCAGAGGUGUACCAGCACCAAAGCUGGAGUGGUUUAAGGAUGCGGUUCCCUUGGCAACGCUGAACAACACACGCUACAAGCUGACAGCCAGCCUGAGUCUGCAGGUGAGGCGGGUGCAGCCGGAAGACUCCGGAAUCUUCCAGUGCUUCGCCCGGAAUGCCGCCGGAGAAGUGGGGGCCCACACACACCUCGUCGUCACCAGCCUGGCGCCUUACUUCACCACCACCCCCUCUGACAUCACCGUGACGGACGGCACCUCGGCGCUCUUCACCUGCCAGACAUCAGGCGCCCCUAAACCAGCCAUCGUCUGGAAGAAAGGCUCUCAAGUCCUGGCCAGUGGCUCUGUUCAGAUUCCUCGCUUCACACUGCUGGAAUCUGGUGGUCUUCUGAUUCAACCCAUCGUCCCCGGCGACGCCGGCAACUACACCUGCUACGCCGCCAACACAGAGGGAGCGGUCGAUGCCGCGGCAUCACUCACCGUGUGGAGUCGCACGUUCAUCUCACGAGAGCCAGAGGACCAACGUGUCAUCAAGGGCACCACAGCUGUGCUGGAGUGUGGGGCGACUUUUGACCCCAGAGUGAAUGUCAGGUUCCUGUGGAAGAAGGGUCCGCGUCAGGUGAGCCUCACCCCUGGGGGGCGUAUCUCGGUGAGGGAGGGGGCGCUGCACCUCAGCCAGACCUGGUCUGGGGACAUCGGAGACUACACCUGCAAGGUCAUCUCACAGGCCGGAAACGACACCAAGACCGCCCGCCUCGAAGUCAUUGAGCUGCCCCACUCUCCGCGGAACCUGCAGGUGGCGCUCAACGCCACGGACAGCCGCACAGUGCACCUGUCCUGGGUGCGGCCCUUUGAUGGCAACAGCCCCCUGUUGCACUACGUCAUAGAGCUGUCGGAGAACAAUUCCCCAUGGAAGGUGUACAUGGCUGAGGUGAUCCCUACUCUGACAGAGGUGCUGGUCAGUGGUCUGACCCCGGCACGCACUUACCAGUUCAGGGUGUGUGCCAUCAACCAGGUGGGACGGGGACAGUACAGCGCCGAGACCAACAGGUUGAUGCUGAGGGAGGAGGCGCCCAGCGCCCCGCCCAAGAACAUCGUGUCCAGCGGCCGCACCAACCAGAGCAUCAUGGUCCAGUGGCAGCCGCCCCCCGAGCCCCAGCUCAACGGCGUCCUCAAGGGCUACAUGCUGAGGUACCGUCUGGCAGGCUUACCCGGUGAGUUCCAGGUGAAGAACAUCAGCAGUGCGGAGGUGAACUACUGCCUGCUGAAGGAGCUCAUCAUCUGGACUCAGUACGAGAUCCAGGUGGCAGCCUACACGGCAGCCGGCCUGGGAGUCUACAGCCAGUCUGUCACAGAGUACACGCUGCAGGGAGUGCCCACAGCGCCCCCGCAGGAUGUGGAGGCGGUAGCGCUUAACUCCACCACCAUCAAGUUCACAUGGAACCCCCCACCGCAGCAGUUCAUCAACGGCAUCAACCAAGGCUAUAAGCUCCUUGCCUGGCCAGAGCACGCCUCGGAGGAUGACGCCACCAUUGUGACCAUCGCCCCGGAGUUCCACGGUGCGCGUCACCACGGUUACAUGAGCAACCUGAAGAAGUUCACGUGGUACCAGACGGCCGUGCUGUGUUUCACCACGCCUGGAGACGGACCGGCCAGCACCCCAAUGCUGGUGCAGACGCACGCAGACAAACCGGGCCCGGUCGGUCACCUGAGCUUCACUGAGAUCUUGGACAUGUCGCUACGUGUCAGCUGGCAGGAACCCGUGGACAGGAACGGCAUCAUCACAGGUUACCUGCUGUCGUGGGCGUCCGUGGGUCUGAACUCCACGCGUGAGUCUCGCUCCCUGACCAACUCCAGUCUGGAGUACAAGCUGACGGGCCUCACCUCCCUCACCACCUACAUGCUGGAGGUCGCCGCCGUCACCGACGCCGGCACAGGGCUCGUCACCACGGCGACCAUAUCGUCAGGGGUGCCGCCAGAGCUUCCUGGUGCCCCCUCCAAUUUGGUCAUCUCCAACAUCAGCCCACGUUCUGCCACACUUCGGUUCCGGCCAGGCAGUGAUGGAAAGACCACCAUCUCCAAAUGGAUUGUUGAGGGGCAGGUGGACAGUGUAGGGGAGGAAGAGAACUGGCAGGUGUUGUAUGAGAAGGAGAACGAGCCGGACACUGACAUGCUGGAGAUCCCAGACCUCAUACCAUUCACACAGUACAGGUUCCGUGUGUGUCAGGUGAACAUAGUUGGCGUGGGGCCGUUGAGUGCGGCGUCUCGUGUGAUCCAGACGCUGCAGGCCACUCCAGACGCGGCUCCCAGCAGCCUCAGCGUGCGCACCGCCUCAGAGACCAGCCUGCUGCUGCGCUGGAUGCCCCUGGCAGAGACGCAGUAUAACAGCGGUGCAGAGACGGUGGGCUACCGUGUGCGCGUGGAGCGGGCAGACGGGCGCGGCGAGCCGCAGUACCAGGCCGCGGGCAGCAGGCUGGCGCGCGAGGCCACCCUAGAGGGCCUGAGAGAGUGGACCGAGUACCAGGUCAGCCUGCAGGCCUACAACGCCAUCGGACCAGGACCCUGGAGCAGCAGCGUGAAGGCCCGCACCAGAGAGAGUGUGCCGUCCGGAGCUCCUGAGAACGCGAGUGCAGAGGCAGUGAGCUCUACGCGGAUCCUGGUCACCUGGGGCUCAGUCUCAGAGGAACAGAAGAACGGACACGUCCUGGGAUACAAGGUCCUCUACCGUGAGAAGGGCUCGGAGCAGGCCCCUCUGCUGCAGCUGGUGAGGGGGAACCUGACCCAGUCUCUGCUCCUGAGGAACCUCAGCAAGUUCAUCCUGUACGAGAUCCAGGUGCUGGCCUUCACACGCGUGGGGGACGGCCUGCCCAGCACGCCGCCCACACUAGAGAGGACCAAAGACGACGUUCCUGGUCCUCCGGUGCGUCUGGUGUUUCCUGAGGUGCGUCUGUCAUCUGUGAGGGUGGUCUGGCAGCCUCCCGCUCAGCCCAACGGCAUCAUAAUGGGUUAUCAGAUCUCGUACCGGCUGGACGCCAGCGACCCCAACAAGUUCACCACGGUGGAGGUGGGCUCCAACGCGCGGCAGUUCACCGUCACGGGCCUGAGCGCAGAGCAGGCCUACGUCUUCCGCAUCGCCGCGCGCACGCAGCAGGGCUGGGGAGAACCAGAGGAGGCGCUGGUCAUCACUACCGACAAGAGAGUCGGUCUUAAGACCCUCUCUCUCGCUCUCCCCCUCUCUCUUUCUCUCUCUGUCUGCGUUUCAAGUAAUCGUAAAGUUGCCUUGCUUGUAAUCUUAUGUUUUUUAAUCUAUCUCUCUCAUCUCUUCUUUAUCUUUGCAUCUCUCUCUCUCUGUCUCUCUCUCCCUCUCUCUCUCCCUCUCCCUCUCUCUCUCUCUCCCUCUCUCUCCCCUCUCUGGUGGUUUUCCGUCUCUUCCCCUCUCACAGCCAAGAGCACUUUUAAGACCGUCAGCAGUGCCUCGUUAACAGAAUUCGAGCUCACGCAGUUGGGCAAGUACAAGCGUUACGAGAUCGUCAUGGCGGCGUACAAUGUGAUUGGAGAGAGCCCCCCCAGUUCCCCGGUGGAGGUGUUUGUGGGUGAAGCAGCUCCCUCCGUGCCUCCUCAAAGUAUCCAGGUGAACUCCGUCUCCUCCUCUCAGUUGGACGUCCUGUGGGAGCCGCCGCCAAUAGAGACCCAGAAUGGCAACAUCCAAGGCUACAAGAUCCACUACUGGGAGAAGGAGAAGCAGAACGAGACAGAGAAGGUGAAGGUGCUGUUCGUUCCGGACACUUCCGUACGCCUGAAGAACCUGACAGCCUACACCUCCUACCAGGUGAAGCUGUCUGCCUUCAACGCCGCUGGGGACGGCCCCAUGACCGUGCCCAGGAAAGGGCGCACCCUGCAGGCCGCGCCCGGCGUGCCCAGUUUCCUGGCGUUCUCCGAGGUGACGGGCAGCGCCCUGAACGUGUCCUGGGGAUCCCCGCAGCAGCCCAACGGCGUGGUGGAGGGGUACAGGGUCGUCUACCAGCCCACCGCGCCCGUCCAAGGCGUGAGUAAGGUGGUGACGGUGGAGGUGCGGGGUAACUGGCAGCGCUGGCUGAAGGUGCGUGACCUCAGCCACGGGGUCACCUACACGUUCCGCGUCCAGGCCCGCACCGUCAGCUACGGUCCCGAGCUGGAGACCAACGUCACCGCCGGACCCAUGGACGGGUCUCCUGGAGCACCCUUGCAGACAUCAAUCACCAAGUCCUCCUCGGCCUUGACACUCCAUUGGUCAGAGGGCAACGAGGGGGCGGGACCGGUCACAGGCUACGUGGUUGAGGCUCGUCCAUCAGAUGAGGGAUUGUGGGACUCGUUUGUGAAGCAGCUUCCUCCCAGCAGCACGUCUCACUCCAUCACUCUGGAGCGCCUGCGGCCCGGCGUCAGCUACGAGUUCCGCGUCAUCGCCGUCAAUCGCUAUGGCUACGGAGACCCCAGCCCCGCCUCUGCUGCCAUGUCCGCACUGUCAGAGAAGCCAUUCUAUGAAGAGUGGUGGUUCCUGGUCGUCAUGGCGCUGUGCAGCCUCAUUCUGAUCCUGCUGGUGGUGUUUGGCCUGCUGCUGCACGGACAGAACAGGAAGUACCGGAGCUGUGGCACAGGCAAGCACAUCUCCACCGUGGAGGAGGCGGUUACCCUCGACAACGGAGGCUUCACGGCGCUGGAGCUGAACAGCAGACACCUGAACGUGAAGAGCUCCUUCCUGAAGAAGAACGGCACCAGGUCCCCUCCUCGGCCCAGUCCUGGAGGUCUCCACUACUCAGAUGAGGACCUGUGCAACAACUACAACGGAGCCGUCCUCACCGAGAGCACCACCCUCACAGAGAAGGCAGGAGACCUCUCCGGGUCUGAGAUGACCGACAGCGACUACGAGGACGAGGCGCCCAAGCACUCGUUCGUCAACCACUACAUGAGCGACCCGACCUACUACAACUCGUGGAAGCGCCAGCCCAAGGGCCUGAAGACGGCCUCGUCCACGCUGGUCGGCGGCGUGGGGACCCCGCCUCCGUUCGGCUACGAGGAGCGCCGAGGGAGUCACGACGGCGUCGGGAGCAACGGCGGCAGCGGCGGCGACGGCUACUACCAGACGGUGGUGACCCAGCACAGCGCCGGCGGGGUGUACACGCCCACUGGGCAGCCGGCUGCACCGGGCACACGCACGCCCGUCACCGGCUUCUCCUCUUUCGUCUGACGGGGAACAACGGG